GUCAGUCGCAAGAAAGUUAUCAACGAUAUAGUUUGUUGGCACGAAUUUUAACAUAAAUAAUUAAAAAUGGUGUUGACUCUAUACAAAUUGGACGCUAGCCCGCCAGUCCGCGCCGUAUAUAUGACCAUUGAAAUACUGAAUAUCCCCGAUGUACAGUACGUGGAUACCAAUUUAUUUAAAGGAGAGCAUCUCACUGAACAGUUUCUACAGAUUAAUCCUCAACACACUAUUCCAACAUUGAAAGACGAUGACUUCAUAGUUUGGGACAGUCACGCUAUCUGCGGAUAUUUAGCUACGAAGUACGGCAAAGAUGAUUCUUUUUACCCGACGGAUCUGAAGAAGAGAGCGAUUAUCGAACAGAGAUUGCAUUUCGAUAGCGGCAUAUUAUUCCCGACGAUCCGUGGUACUUUGGAGCCCAUACUUUUCUUUGGCAACAAGAACGUCAAAGAGGAAGAUGUUAAGAAAAUAAACUCGGCCUAUGCGCUUAUAGAAAAAUUCUUCAACUCGCAGUGGAUAGCUGGGAACGAAAUUACAAUAGCUGAUAUUUGUUGCGUUUCCAGCAUCAGUACUUUGAAUGAAAUCAUACCGAUUGACAGGAAUCUGUACCCUAAUCUACAGGCGUGGCUGGAUCGCUUCUCUGGUGAAGAUUUCUACAAAAAAGGCAACGAGCCAGGCUUGUUGCAACUGAGCGAAUUGUUGAAGUCAAAACUCGCAUCAUAGGAGAAAUUAAAUUAUCUUGCCUAUUUAAUACAAAAAUGACAAUUAAAAAUAGAUAAAAACACAACGUACACUAAAAUUACUUCAUAAAUAAAAAGAAAAAGCUUACAUUCAAGUAGAUACAAUUGGAAAUAUAUUAAUAAAUUACAUAAACAUAGAAAUAAACGCACGAACUAUAUAG